AUGCGUUUUUACAAUCCAUUAUAUACACGAAAAUGGUCAAAAAUAUUUGCACCUUUUUCAACAUUUAUUACUCAGUUAGGUAAACAAAUUGGUUUACAGUCAAUCAUAGGCAAAACCAGCAAUGAUGAUCUAUCAAUCAAUAUGGAUACAAUGUCAAAUGGACAUGUUAUUCAAUCAAUUGAUGAUAAUGAAUCAAAUCCGUCCAUAAAUCUUUUAUCAACAUUUUUUUCAACUUUAACCUCUUCAUUUCGACCUCGUACACCAUCAAAACUUCCAUAUGGUAAAUUAUUGCAUAAAUCUCGUUCAAAAGUAUCAAAAUAUUAUAAAAACCAACGAAAUAAUGAUAUAAAACAUGAUGAAACAAAUUCAAUCUAUCAUCAACUUAAUAUUCAUACAACAAAUGAUGAAAAUAAUAAUCAAACAAAAAAUGAAAAUAAACAAAAUUCAGUUAUUAUUGAUCUAUUACCAUUAACAUCAUCAGAAUCAAAUGGAUCUUUAAUCAACGAUGAUGGCGAUGAUAAUUAUAAUAAAAAUAAUUAUAUAUUUACAACUGAACAUUUAAUAUGGUUAUUUAUUUUAACAAUUAUUUAUUUUACUUGGUUUAUAUUUAUAGCUGGAAUAUCAAUUCUACAUAUAAUUAUUUAUUUAGUUUUAAUAUCAUUAUAUUUAUUAUCGGAUCGUACAAGACGUUUUACAUUAGCUAUAAUAAUUUAUUUUACAUAUCUAUUUUUAUAUGAUGCAUUACAUUUAAUACCAAAUUAUACGGUAUCACAAGUUCAUAUAAGUGAUGUUUAUUUAGUUGAAAAAAAAUUUUUUGGUAUUUUUAUAAAUGGACAUAUGAUGACAUUAAAUGAAUUUUUCAAAUUACAUCAUAUACCUUUAUUAGAUAUUUUAACUGGCAUAUGUUAUCUCAAUUGGUAA